GUAAACAAAUUUCUAAAAUGUCUAAAACUAAAAUUUACCCUCCACCAUUUUUCCUUCGUUUUCCGCAGAAUUCAUUUUCUCUUCUCAAAAAUCUAAAUUCAAAACCCUUCUCUGCUUUUUUUUUUUUUUUUCCUUUUUCUCCUGCUUUUUAGUACUGUAAAACUCUGGGAUUAUUUAUUAGUAUUAGGGAUUUGAAAAUUCCAAAAUGCUAAAAGCUUUGCACUAACGCUAUGAUUAAGCUGUAGUCGAAUAUAUCUGCUACCGAAAGCUCUUUGCUUUGUUUUUUAUAUUUUUUUCUCUUUGUUUGGUGAGAGAGAAAGUGGAAUGCUAAGACUGGGAAAAUUGGAAGAAAAUUAGCGAUGGUGGUGAGAAAAGUAGGGAAGUAUGAGAUUGGAAGAACAAUCGGAGAAGGAACCUUCGCCAAGGUUAAGUUCGCGCAAAACACGGAGACCGGCGAAAGUGUUGCCAUGAAAGUCCUCGAUCGCAGCACCAUAAUCAAGCACAAAAUGGUCGAUCAGAUCAAAAGGGAGAUAUCUAUAAUGAAGCUUGUUAGACAUCCCUAUGUUGUUCGUUUGCACGAGGUCAUAGCAAGUCGAACAAAGAUUUAUAUAAUCUUGGAGUUCAUUACUGGUGGUGAGUUGUUUGAUAAAAUAGCGGAUGGUAAAUUGGUAAUCAUGCAGAUUCAUAAUGGUCGUCUUAGUGAAGCAGAAGCUAGAAGAUACUUCCAACAGCUUAUUGAUGGUGUGGAAUAUUGCCAUAGUAAGGGAGUCUACCACAGAGAUUUGAAGCCUGAAAAUCUUUUACUUGAUUCCCUAGGAAAUUUAAAGAUUUCAGAUUUUGGUCUUAGUGCAUUGCCGGAACAAGGAGUUAGCCUCCUCCGCACAACAUGUGGGACUCCUAACUAUGUGGCACCAGAGGUUCUCAGUCACAAAGGGUAUGAUGGUGCUGUGGCAGAUGUUUGGUCUUGUGGGGUCAUCCUUUAUGUUUUGAUGGCAGGUUAUCUUCCAUUUGAUGAGCUUGAUCUCACCACCCUGUACAGUAAGAUUGAGAGAGCAGAGUUUUCUUGCCCUUCUUGGUUUCCUGUAGGAGCAAAAUCCUUGAUUCAUAGAAUUCUAGACCCAAAUCCUCAAACUCGUAUUACAAUUGAAGAAAUCAGGAGCGAUGAGUGGUUUAAGAAAGGCUAUGUUCCUGUCAGACUUCUUGAGUAUGAAGAUAUUAACUUGGAUGAUGUAAAUGCUGUUUUUGAUGAUCCAGAGGUUGAUAAGGAAGAGAGGGGUAACGAGCCAUCAGGAAAUGAGGAUAUGCGUCCUUUGAUUCUUAAUGCAUUUGACUUGAUCAUUCUUUCUCAAGGCUUGAACCUUGCAACGCUUUUUGACCGUGGGAAGGACUCCAUGAAGUAUCAGACGCGAUUUGUUUCACAGAAGCCAGCAAGGGUUGUUCUGUCUAGCAUGGAAGUUGUUGCUCAAUCAAUGGGCUAUAAGACACACAUUCGCAAUUAUAAGAUGAGAGUUGAAGGUCUUUCAGCAAAUAAGGCUUCUCAUUUUUCAGUUAUCCUCGAAGUUUUCGAGGUUGCUCCCACCUUUUUGAUGGUAGAUAUUCAAAAAGCAGCUGGUGAUGCUGGAGAUUUCCUGAAGGUUAGUUACCUUGUUUCAAUCACAAUCAAGUUUGUUUGGUCAGUUUUACAAGACAUUUUGUAGCAACCUCGAGGAUAUCAUAUGGAAACCACCUAAUGAAUCAAGCAAAUCGAAGAUCACCAAAUCUAAAAGGCGUUGAUCUGUUGUCCCAUAACAUUGCUGCCAUUAUUUUGAGACGUCAACCUUGAGGUUAACGUUACUGUUACGGCUCAUCUAACUGGGGUCUACUUCCCCGAAUAGAAAUAGGAAACUAAUUAGUAUUUGUUUCUUACCUUUUUGUACGGAUAGUGUUUAUAAAGCUCUCUUUAUUUUGAUCUAAAUAUAUACUAAAAUGUUGUAUGUUGUAAUCAUGCGAGAUAUCGAAUAACACUUACAGUUAUCGACAUUUAAAUCUGUUCAGUUAUAGACCUUUAUAAAUUGUUCAAGACCUAAUUUG